AUGCGCUCCGCCGGCGGCGGCGCGUCGUCGGUGCUGCCGCAGUCGCUGGCGGAGCAGGACGCGCUGCACUGGAGAGACGCCAAGUUCCGCCACUUUCGCGACGAGAUGGACAGUGCGCUGGCGCAGUUUGUGUACGCUCAGGAGUGGGCCGACCUCAUCCGCUACCUGCAGCGCAUGCAGCGCAUCCUCACCAAGUACGCGCAGCUGCCAGUCAUACCCGACAAGAUUGCCGUCGCCAAGCGGCUCUUCCAGUGCCUCAACUCGUCGCUGCCUUCGGGCGUGCACCUGACGACGCUGCAGACGUACGAGCUCAUCUUCUCGCGCAUCGGCGCCGCGCGGCUCGCGCGCGACCUCGCCUUCUACACCGAGGGCAUCUUCACCCUCUACCGGCACGCGUCGUACCAGGUCAAGCCCGUCCUGCUCGACCUGUUCGAGCGCCACUUUGUCACCCUCGGCGCCGGGGUGGUGCCCUGCCUGCCCGGCCUCGUCCUCGCCCUCCUCACCGCGAUGGAGGACGUCGGCUCCGAGUACCACGCCCGCGCCGUGCGGCAGCUCGACCAGCUCGCCCGCGACGCCCCCAUCGGCGCCUUCAUGUCAGCCGUCUGGGGCUGCCUGCUGCGCAACGCCUCGGUGCGGCUGCAGGCGCUUCACUAC